AUGGCAGAGAAGCCGUUGCUGGUCAUCAAGGGCAUUCCGGAGACUCUGCACGUGCCGGAUUUGCGGGUCUUUUUUGAACCGGCGGUGGAGCAGGGCCUGUUCUCCUGCUUUCAUUUUCGGCGGACCAAGGCUGGAUCUUCCAAGCCUGGAGAGCUCACCUGCCGGGUGCGUGCAGAGAACAAGGCAGCUGCCGAGGAGAUCAUCCGCUGCUUUCACAAUGUGCCGUGGCAGGAGGUUUUGAUCGAUGCCCCUGUCUCCAACAAAGCUCGCUGUGUGGUGGAAGCUGCAGGGAGCGGCGCUCGAACAGCAGAUGCAUGGGAGCUACAUCCACCUCCAGCCUUGCCACAGGGCAAUGUGGGCACUUGUAGAUCUGCCGUGCUGUGCGCUAUCAGAUCCUGUAGAUUGCCAGCAUCUGUCAUCAAGAGGCUUGGAAUUGUUCCCAGCAAAAUCCGCAGCACACGAAGUUCUGCAACUAUCCCACCACCUUGGUGUUGGAGAGAACCAGAGUCAGAGCUUGGGGAGGAUGGCUCGGGGACCGAGCCGUGCACUGAAGGUGCCACUUCUUCACAGCCUUUCAGAGCAAAGGCGCAUGGUGAGCGACCAUUGCCCGCGUCUGCCAUUUUUUCUUCUUUGAAGAAGAGAUCGCGGCCCCAAGCAAAGGCUGGAGCGGAGGCACCUGAAAAGAAGACCAAGUCCCAGAAGCUUGGAGUUGCCAAAGCUGCAACAGUGCUGAAGCCCCACAAAAUGUGUGCUGCCAUGAGUGAUGAUGAGGGCAGUGACGGCAGUCAGGGCAUUAAGGGGAGAGAUCCAGGCUUAGAAGGCCGCCAUGUGCCACGACCAUUGGAUACAGACCCAGAUGACUUUGAUGAGCCGCUCGAAAAGGCACCUCACUAUGAGCGCAGUGAUCGGCUGGACUCGGCUGCUGGGUACCUCUAUGAGGACACGGUGGAGCACAUUUGGGACAAGCAAGAUGCUUCCGGUUUGGUGUGGUACACGGAUGCCGCUUUCUGGGAUCGCAUGGCUGGAGGGCUGGACGAGCGUUGCGCCGAUGCCUGGGAUGUGGAGAGCGAGGGCUCCGGCGACGCAGCCAGCAGCGCCGGCAGCUCACCACGGAAUCGGCCCACGGCCAUGGAGCAGGGCACUGGACUGGCAGCUGCGCGGCAGGGGGUCGCAGGUCGCAUCAUGCGAUCCUGGGGUGGUUGCCCUUCUGCCGCGCCUAGCAGCACGCUUCUAGCAGUGGUGGAGGGGCUACAACCCAACUUGGCUCGAACCGGCCUGGGUUGGGUGGGCGACCAGAGAUCUCGACCGAAAUCAUCCCGACCUCAAACCGAAAGCGAUUGGAAUCGAAUUGGUUCCAUCUAUGACCCGCCGCAAGAAGAGAUGAAGCAAAGAAGCUUCUCAGUGCGGCCAUCCAUUCCAGCAUCCUUCAGUGCAGCUUCCCUGUACUUUGCAGAGGAUCGCCGGCGCAACAUUGCCUUCGUGCCAGCGACGGGAAAGACUUGA